CAUACGGGAAAAGUAUACUGUGGCAACCACGAUGCGUACCGAAAUGCAGUCGUUGCAGAGAAUCCUCAACGAACAGCAUAGAGUUCUCCAUUCGAAUGCAGCCGCUGGAAACGAAAGCGGUGCCCUCCAGUCUGAAAUCCAGGGAGCUCGUCAGAGGCAACACGUAAUGACACCGCAGUGCUUAGGUGAUGUCCUUAGGCUGUCGUCCUUGGGCGUUUCAGAAACUGCGGAUUAUGGCUAGAGACUUAGAGCUCGAACUCAGAACCAAACACCGGAAGUGUACUGACAUGGCCUUGAGGCUGCGUGAAGCACAGAACAACCGCAGCCCAGUCUAUCACGUGCUUGAGAGAGAUACGCUCUGCGAAGACUUGGCUGAUGAGGUAACUGCGCUGGAUGCUCAGGUCAUAUAGAUCUCGGCGAUCGCUCUUCAAUGUAGCGAUCAGAUUCAGAGUCUUCGGGAGACACGGGAUAGAAUCAAUACACAGGGGAGUAUCGAACAAGCUCGAGCAGCCAAGCAAGCACGAGACAUGCAGCAGGAGAUGAAGCGUCAAAAUUCAGCCGCUGUGGACCGGGAGAAGUCUGCGGAAUUGGCUUAUGAGCACCUGUGCAAGCUACAGCAACAUCUUCGAGAUACUUUCCCAGCUUAGCGUGUCGCAUACUCGAUGUAUCACUUUCGGAGUCAA